CUGCGCUGCCAUGCGCGCCUUCAAAUACCCCCCACCCUGCCACUCCUCUCCGCUCACGGCAGCACUAGGCUCCACUCACCAGCGAUGGCCAUCUCGAACCACGCCGACACAGCCCCAGCGAACGCGGCUGCCGCAGCGGCACCGCCCGUGCCUCCACUCGGCCACCCGCCGCUCGACGCCGACAAGUUCCGCAGGCAGGGGCGCCUAGUCGUGGACUUCAUUGCGGACUACUACGCACGCAUCGACGAGUACUCCGUGCGCCCGGCCGUCUCUCCCGGUUUCCUAACUCGGCAGCUUCCCGAGACGGCGCCGGCGUGCCCGGAGCCCGAUGCGCUCGCCGCGGCGCUGAGCGACGUCCGCAACCUCAUCCUUCCCGGCGUCACACACUGGCAGAGCCCGCGCCACUUCGCGCACUUCGCCGCGACGGCCAGCAAUGUGGGUGCCCUCGGUGAAACCCUCGCCGCGGGCCUUAACAUUAACCCUUUCACGUGGGCCGCCUCGCCGGCGGCCACCGAGCUCGAGGUUAUCGUCACGGACUGGCUCGGCAAGGCUCUGCACCUCCCGGAGAACUUGUUGUUCUCCGGAGGCGGCGGCGGCGUGCUGCUAGGGACGUCUUGCGAGGCCAUGCUUUGCACUGUCGUCGCAGCCAGAGACCGGAAGCUCGCCGAGAUAGGCGAGGAGCGGAUAGGUGACCUCGUCGUCUACUGCUCCGACCAGACCCACUUCUCCUUCCAGAAAGCCGCUCACAUUGCCGGCAUUCGUCGGGGAAACUACCGUGAGAUACGGACAACCCGGGAGAGCGGCUUCACUCUCUCGCCCAAGGCGCUGGUUGCCGCCGUGCGCACCGACGAGGCGGCGGGCAGGGUCCCGCUGUUCCUGUGCGCGACGGUGGGGACCACGCCGACGGCGGCGAUCGAUCCUCUCCGCGAGCUCUGCGCUGCCGUGGCGGGGCACGACCUGUGGGUGCACGUGGACGCGGCCUACGCCGGCGCCGCGUGUGUGUGCCCGGAGUUCCGCCACGCGAUCGCUGGCGCCGAGGCCGUGCACUCGUUAAGCACUAACCCACACAAGUGGCUCCUCGCCAACAUGGACUGCUGUGCGCUGUGGGUGUGGCGGCCCGCGGCGCUUACGACCGCGCUCGGCACCGACCACGACGUGAUCCUAAAGGACCCAUCGUCCAGGGACGGCCACGGCACCGCGGUGGUGGACUACAAGGACUGGCAGGUCGCGCUGAGCCGCCGGUUCCGCGCGCUGAAGCUAUGGCUCGUGCUCCGGUGCCACGGCGUCGAGGGCCUGCGCGGCUUCGUGCGCGCCCACGUGCGCAUGGCCGCCGCGUUCGAGGCCAUGGUGCGCGCUGACGCGCGGUUCGAGGUGCCCGUGCCGAGGCAAUUCGCGCUGGUGUGCUUCCGGCUGCGGCCCGCGGUUCUCCUAGGGAAGCGCGGCCGCGACGACACGGCGGCCAACGAGCUCAACGAGAGGCUCCUCGAGGCGGUGAACGCGACGGGGCGCGCGUACAUGAGCUCCGCCGUGGUGGGCGGCAUGUACAUUCUGCGCUGCGCCAUCGGCAGCACGCUCACCGAGGAGCGGCACGUCCGGGAGGCGUGGAGCGUGGUGCAAGAGCAGGCCACUGCUACCUUGGCUGCCGCGACGCGCACGGACGAGCGCACUGUUCGACGCGCGCGCUGUGCGGAUGUCAAUGCCGUGGCCCCGGCGUCUUCCCCUUGGGCAAAUGAGGGUGCCCUCGCGUCGGCUCCAUCUGAAAGAAAAUAAUCGAGAUGGAAAAUAUUCUUACGUGCAGGCAUUCGAGGACCGACGGCUCUUACCAAUUUGGACUCGCAAGUUCGUUCGUUGUUCUACAUCUGUUUCUAGGUUUCAACUAGUCGAUUUGUUUGGCGAAACAGUAGGGAAACCCCUACUGUGGUAAAUUCAACUAGUCGAUUCAACCCCUAUUUUCUGUUGAAGCAUAGUGAUGGCUUAUUUUAAUCAUGAGAUUGAU